GGGAAGAAACGUCAUUUUGUCCGCUCAUAACUGUAGCUGAAUACGUUCUUUACUAGGGGAAAUUCACUGCAUAAUCAGAAGAUAAUAGAUCCAGUGUUUUGUUUUGUGUUCUAUUUACUCCACCGAAGCCGUGUUUUAUCAGCGCGUUAUCAACCAUAGCGUCGCGAUUAUGGAUGUUCAGAGAGCGAUUAACACCAUGCAUACGCGACUAAAAGUAGUGGCGUUUGUGCAUUUUGUGCUUAUUGUGCUGGCAUUAGAAGGCGUGUGGCUACCAUCUGCUUAUCUGUUUUAUAAUUUACUGUAUCUGAUAACAUUGUUUUGGUCUAUACAUUGCCGAGAAUCGACGGAUGCUGUACAGAUAGCUGCUGUAAUCAACGCAUUCAGCUUCGUCUUCGAUUUGAUCGGCGUAGUUUUCUACUUUCCUUCCCACGGCAUCUUUUCCGCCGUCUGUGCCAUCAUGAAUCUGGCCCUGCGACCAUUUAGCUUAUUGCUUUUGCAGCGGGAACUUUCGGAUCGUGGCGGAAGUUUUGCUAUCGGUGCUGGAGGAGCAAUUGUGGGUGAUAAUCCAACUUCCUACGAGGAUAUCGAUGCACCGCACCAAAUGACACCAUCUCACGCUCAGUUAAAUGCUCCAAUCUUCAAGUAAGGCAGUCUCGAAUCUCGACAAUUACUGAAUUACAUUCUGAUACAAGUGUAGCAGGGAGUUUCCAUUUAACAAAUCCGGAUAAGUAUAACAUCAGAUUGCCUCACAACAUUGCUCAAGACACCAUUUUUUGUUGUGUCACUUCAAGCAUGUUUGCGGUUUAUUGGCUGCGACUAAACGAAACUACAAAAUGGUAAAAACUGAGCUAAAAAAUACUUAUUCGAAAAUGGUAAAUGCGAAAUUACGGAUAGACCAGUAAGUGAAUGUAUAUCUAAAUCGUGAAAACGAUUGUAUGAUGAUGGUUUUGUGAAAAAUUACUGAUACUAUGCUACUAGGAUUUAUUUGUUUAAUAAAUGCUUCGUGUAAUAUAUUUAAAGUA